UUCACAAUGAAUAAAAAUGACUGUGAAGGCAUUCAGUUUGAAGCCAAAAGUGACCACUUUUGCGAUUUUAUCAAGACUUUUUGUACUUAUCUUGUCAUGUCUGUCUAAUAAUUUAAUACCUGAUCACAAUUCCGAUGCAUUUAUUAGUCCAUCAAAUCCUCAUGAAAAGAAUGCCACAGUCUGUGAUAGUAUUUUCAGUUUCCUCUUUGGUGGUAUUAACCGUUGGGACGCCCAGUAUUUUUUGCACAUUUCUCGGUAUGGAUAUACAUUUGAAAAUUGCCUUGCUUUCUUUCCCACGUAUCCAAUCCUUACAUAUCUGACAUCGAGGAUCUUGUAUAUUCCUCUCUCAAUCAUUCUUAAUGAAACAUCUGUAACCACUUUUUGUGCAGUUGCCAUUAAUUUUUAUUUUUUUGUAAAGGCUGCAGAAGUAUUAUAUGAUUUGACUGAAAAACUGUUCAAGAAUUGUCAACUGGCUUAUGUUGCUUCUAUAAUGUUUUGUGUAAAUCCUGCCAGCAUCUUCUUUAGUGCACCAUACUCUGAAACACUAUUUUCCUUCUUUUCGUUUUAUGGGAUGUACUUAUCUGUUUCAGAUCAUGGUAUUCUUUGCAGUGUGCCUUUAGGUCUUUCUGCAUCGGUGAGAUCCAAUGGGAUAUUAAAUACUUGGUUUCCAUUAUUCAAAAUUGCCAAUAAUGUAUUCCAAAGAUUAUCAAAUAAACUCAAAUCUGAUAAAAGAAUUGUGAAGAGGACAGAUGUAAUAGAUGCAGAUGGUUCCUUCAUGAAUCUGUUCUUGAAGGCUGUGUUAGUGACUGUUAUUUCAUUGGCACCAUUUUUUGCAUUUCAAGCAUAUUGCUAUUCCAAAUAUUGCAAAGCUGAUACUUAUGACAUCGCUGCCUUCUUAGCCAUAUUUGCACAUGAGAAAGAUUUUGUCUUGCCUGGCUCAAAAUACCUUCCGUGGUGUGACGACAAACUCGUUCUUCCUUAUAUGUAUGUGCAACAACAUUACUGGAAUGUUGGUUUCUUGAGAUACUACGAAUUUAAGCAGAUCCCUAAUUUUAUUCUUGCUGCUCCAGUUGUAUUCCUAAUAUUCACAAUGACAUUUUGUUUUGUUAGCUUACACAUGAACUUUAAUAUACGAUUUUUGAACUUAAAGGUAGAGUCUAGUUCAGGUAUGCCACUGAACAUUCUCCCAUUUAUUGCUCAUGCUGCUGGACUGACAAUAUUUUGCUUACUAAACAUUCAUGUACAGGUGACAACUAGAAUGAUAGCGUCAUCAAGCCCAGUACUGUACUGGUUUUCUGCAUAUAUUCUAACUGGUAAACUCCACAUCUCAAAUGAAGUCUGCAAGAAACAAGAUAAAAAAGAUGUAUCACAGAAAAAAACAAAAUCAAUAGAGUUUGAAGCAAAAUUUGAAGACUGGUGGAACAUUUUGUUUGUGACUUUUGACAUACCGCAAAAAAUGUUUUCAAAGUUUAUCAAAAUUUAUUUCAUAUCUUAUUUAAUCAUUGGAACCAUACUUUUCAGUAACUUUUAUCCAUGGACUUAAAGGUUCUCACAAAUAGAAAGAAGACUGACUAUUUUUCUUUCUUCCUUAAUCAAAUGAACAAAUGAGAACAUGUAUUUCAUUGUAUCAUUACAUUAAAAUUCAUGUCAAUUACUGGUGAGAAACAGUAUUUACUUUUAAUUUAUGGACAUGAAAAGCACUCUUGUUCUCAAGACAGUGGUGACCAAGGACAAUGAAUAUGGUAUCUAAUCAAAGAAAUGCUUCAGAGCCUUGUGAUAACCAUAAACUUGAAAACUAUUAUUCUUAUAUCUGAUAGUGAUUUGUUACAGAAUACUUGUAUCUUUGCAGGAAUAAGCAUUAGAAUAAAGAACAUACAACAGGA